GACGCAUGGAUACUUCGUCGCAGGAAGAACAAAACAGUGUAACUUUGUUGAGUUUGGAUGAAAGCUGAUCUCUAACUGUUCAGGAACCGUUAAAGGAACAUUUGAAGAGAAGCUAACAACAGAGAUGUGGAGACCGCAGCUCAAACACCGGCAGAGUGCAGCAGAAGGAGAGAUUUCUCAAACCGCUGAAAAAAGGAAAAAGAACAUGAGCGUCCGCCAUGUUGUGAGUGAUGUUAAGCAGAUGCUGAUGGUUAAAGAAGAAGCUAACUUAGACUACAAACCUUGUGCUGACCUGCAUGACCCAAAGACCCAGCACAUACAGGAGGAACAGGGGAGAGUCUGCACCAGUGUGGGGGGAGAACAGCAAGACACUGAGAAGGAUAUAGAGGUUGAUGAUAUAAAGCACUCUGUCUCUGAGCUGAUACACUUGUCAGAACAUGGACUGAAAACUAUAAACAUGGACAAUGACUGGAAAGAGAGCAGAGCUCCCGAGUCAGAUGGAAACGACAAACCUUUUAGCUGUUCUGAGUUUGCUAAACAAGGGUUGAAGUUUAGCUGUGAAGACUGUGGUAUAACAUUUGUAGGAAAACGUGCUUUGGACAGUCAUAAGAGAAUCCACACAGGAGAGAAACCUUUCUGUUGUGAUCUUUGUGGACAUAGAUUUAGCCAUAAAGGAAGUUUCAACAUGCAUAAGAGAAUCCAUACAGGAGAGAAAUCCUUCUGCUGUGAUCUAUGUGGAAAAAGAUUUGUCCAAAAGGCAAAUUUAAUAUCACACAUCAGAGUUCACACAGGACAAAAACCAUUCUGUUGUGAUCUUUGUGGAAAAAGAUUUACCCGAAUAGAUACUUUAAAGACACAUAAAAGAAGCCACACAGGACAGAAACCUUUCUGUUGUGAUGUUUGUGGACAAAGAUUCACCCAAAAAGCAAAUUUAACAAUGCACGUGAGAAUCCACACAGGACAAAAACCAUUCUGUUGUGAUCUUUGUGGACACAGAUUUAGCCGAAUAGAUUUGUUAAACACACACAAGAAAAUCCACACAGGACUGAAACCUUUCUGUUGUGUUGUUUGUGGACAAAGAUUUAGUCGUAAAUCUAAUUUAAACAUACACAUGAGAACUCACACUGGACAGAAACCUUUCUGCUGUGAUCUUUGUGGAAAAAGAUUCAGUCAUAAAUCAAGUUUAAACACACACAAGAGAAUCCACACAGGACAGAAACCUUUCUGUUGUGAUCUUUGUGGAAAAGGAUUUAGCGAGAAAGGGUCCCUAAACAGACACACGAGAAUCCACACAGGAGAGAAAGCUUUCUGCUGUGAUCUUUGUGGAAAAAGAUUUAGCGAGAAAGGGUCUUUAAGGAAACACAUGAUAAUCCACACAGGACAGAAACCUUUCUGUUGUAAAGUUUGUGGAGAAAGAUUUAGCCUGAAAAGAAAUUUAUGCACACACAUCAAAUUUCACAGCGGAGGAAAAAAUGCUAAGCUAUGAAUACUUGGAACAUUCAUAGUUAUUUUGAUAUUAUUGUAAUAUUUGAACUAGUGUCCCAGCUGAACACAAAUGCACCAUUCCCAGCAGUUGGGAAAGUCCCCUUUCACCAAAGACAAUUCCUCCAACUUGCAUUUUAUAUGAUGUUUGGAGUUUGGGCUGACUGGAUGCUACAGGCAGCCGUUUGGACAUCAGCUGAUUUUUCUCCAGUAUCUAAUGUUUACAUUCAGCUUGAAGUUGUAUCAGGUGAGUCAUUCACUUCUGGGCAGAACAGCUUAUUGUACCUUAUUGCUGUUGAAACAUAUGCAUAUGUUGACAAGGUUUUGGUUCAGCCCACAUUUCUUUCUCCACUGUAGCUGCAUGCAAAACCUUCAUUCAUUCAUUAAACAUUUUUAUUGCAAGUAACAGCAGAUGUUAACAGCAAUAUUUACUUUUCCAAAACUACAUACAGACAGAAAAAUACUCUGAUUUUUAAAGUGUGAUUAAUGACUAGUUUUGUUUUUUAGUUGUUUCUCUUAACCUCUGUGCAAUAACUUAAAUAUGGUAAAACUAAGGAACAGUACAGAAUGAGGAGUGGUUUUUCAUCUUAACAUGUUUAGCUUUGUGCAAUAUAGAAAUACUUUUACUUUGAAUGUACCUGUUGUGAGGUUUUCCAGUUCUGUUUAUCAUAAAUAACACCAAGAAAUGUA